AUGGCAUUAUACUUCCGCGUAAAGAGAGCUGAGCAGACUAUUUUCUUGCAGGCAGAACCAACAGACACUGUACAGAAGCUAAAGGGUGACGUUGCAAUCAUCAACAAGCUGACAGAUAAACCAGCAGACUACAUCAGAUUCAUUUAUGAUGGUGCUGUACUCGAGGACAAGAAGACAAUCAACCAGCUCAACAUCCCAAACGAUUCAAUAAUCUGUCUGGUUUACAAGCAAGCUGAUGGAUCUUAUGAAGCCAUCGCAGCAUCAAUCUUGGAUCAAUUGCAACAGAAG